AUGGCUGCCUCCGAAGAAGUUCCUCAAGGGUCCCCCGGCCUUCCACCAGCCCACGACGAGAAGAAGACGGCCACACCCAAUGACACCACCACCGAUACCGAGUCCGCCAAGGCCAACCUCGCCGCCGAGCCCGGCACAGAAACCGAAACGGGGACCAGUCCAGCCUUCCCUCCCGCCCCGGAUGGCGGUCCGCGGGCUUGGCUCGUCGUCGGCGGCUCGGCGUGCAUCUUCUUCUCCUGCCUCGGCUUCAUGAACUCCUUCGGCGUGUUCCAGGCCUACUAUAUGGCCCACCAGCUGCGCGGCCACACACCCGAUGAGAUUUCAUGGAUCGGCUCGCUGAUGGCCUUCAUCCAGUUCGCUGGCGGGGCCGUCGCGGGCCCGCUGUUCGACCGCUAUGGCGUUUGGGUUAUCCGCCCCGGUGCGGUACUGUACGUCUUCGCGUUGAUGAUGACCAGCAUCUGCAAGGAGUACUGGCAGUUCAUGCUCGCACAGGGCGUGCUGGCGGGCUUUGCGAUGAGCAUGCUGCAAGUGCCCGCGUUCGCGGCUGUCUCGCAGUACUUCGACAAGAAGCGUGCGGCCGCGCUGGGCCUCGUCGUGUCGGGCAGCUCCAUCGGUGGCAUCAUCUUCCCAAUUGCGCUGUCCAAGAUGUUGAACGCGUCCUCGCUCGGGUUCGGCUGGUCGGUCCGCAUCAUGGCCUUCGUCAUCACCCCGCUCCUCGGCUUCGCUUGCUUCGCGGUAUCCGCCCGCUUCCCGCCGCGUGUCACCAACUUCUUCAUCGCGUCCGCAUUCACCCAGCUCCGGUUCAUCAUGCUCAUCGCCGCGUCGUGGUGCUGCUUCAUCGGCAUGUUCAUGCCGCUCUUCUACAUCCCCACAUACGCCAUCCAUCGCGGAGUCGACCCGACCUUCGCAUCCUACCUCCUCGCCAUCGUCAAUGCCGCCUCGACUUUUGGCCGUAUUAUCCCCGGCAUCCUCGCCGACAAGUUCGGCAAGCUCAACGUGUUCGGCAUCGGCGGCGUCCUCACGGCCGUGAUCGUCCUGUGCAUGAACACCGCCGUCAGCACGGCUGGUCUGAUCGUGUACUCGAUCGCUUUUGGGUUCGCCUCGGGCACCAUUAUCUCGGGCGUGUCGGCUGCGCUGUCGAUCUGCACUGACGACCCGCGCAACCUGGGCACAUACAUGGGCAUGGGCAUGGCGCUGGCUGCGACGGCCGUGCUGGUCGGCCCGCCGGUCAAUGGCGUGUUGUUGGACAAGUACAAUGAUUACUUGCAGGUCUCGCUGUUUAGUGGUGUGAUUUGCCUGUUUGGUGGGUUUUUGGGGUUGGCGACCAAGCUCACGACUCCGCAGGGGUUGUUUGGGCGGUCUUGA